CAGUGCAUCGUUACAGAAAACUUGCAUUACAGGUAAAUUGCAUCGCGUUCGAGGAGUGCCAAAAGAGCCCUCUGUACUUAACGAGGCAGAAGCUGUCAAUUGAAUCAACACAACCCAAUACUUUCUUUUCCACACACGCACAGCACUCACACUCCACCGAUCUAUUUAUACGCCUCGAUUUCCAAGUUGACUCAACUUAGCGGCGACCUCCACUGCUCUUUCUGGGAUUCUGACAUGCGCAGUCGGUGCCUGCGAUGCAUCCACAGAGACUGGGGCACAGCGGGUUUUGGAUUGCAAUGGAACCGCUGGAGUUUCAGUCCAAUUAAACUCGUAUUCCCGACAAAAUGGCUGCGGCCGAAGAGGCAACACCGACCGCUGUGGGUGCGUAGGGGUCCCGCGAUGGUCUCCGGUAGGCUGCUGAGACGCAACGCAUCCAGGGGCAGUGUUAAUGCGGUGUUUUGAGUUAGGUGCGGGGGGGAACUUCGAUCUCGGACAGGAAAGGAAAAAAUAAAAGAGCAGCGCUGCUCCCUUAUAAAGAGGCAGGGAUGGAAGACUUUGGAUCCGCGUUGGAGAAGAACGCGGCGGAGCUGACAGUCAUGGACGUGUACGACAUCGCCGCCGUGGUGGGGCAGGAGUUCGAGAGGAUCAUAGACCAGUACGGGUGCGAGGCGCUGGCCCGGCUGAUGCCCAAAGUGGUGCGGGUUCUGGAGAUCCUGGAAGUCCUGGUCAGCAGGAACAGCAUCAGCCCCGAGACCGAGGAGCUGCGCCUGGAGCUGGACCGGCUCCGGCUGGAGCGGAUGGACCGGCUGGAAAAGGAAAAAAAACACCAGAAGGAGCUGGAGCUGGUGGAGGACGUGUGGCGAGGAGAAGCUCAGGACCUGCUGUCCCAGAUUGCUCAGCUGCAGGAGGAGAACAAGAACCUGCUCACUAACCUCUCCUUCAAGGACACCGGCAUGACUGAAGAGGACCUGCAGAAACAAGAAGGCAUGUCGGAGAGGGAGAGGCAGGUGAUGAAGAAGCUGAAGGAAGUGGUGGACAAGCAGAGGGAUGAGAUCCGCGCAAAGGACCGGGAACUCACGCUGAAGAACGAGGACAUCGAGGCACUGCAGCAGCAGCAGAACCGGCUGAUGAAGAUCAACCACGACCUGCGGCACAGGAUCACGGUGGUGGAGGCGCAGGGCAAGGCGCUGAUCGAGCAGAAGGUGGAGCUGGAAGCCUUCGCCCAGACCCGCGAGCAGGAGCUGGGCAGCCUGAGGCUGGAGCUCAGCAAGCUGAGGGAGAAGGGGCAGGGAGACCCGAGCCAGGGGAGCGAGGAGCCCAAGAGUGCUCUGUCCGAGGGGAGAUUCCAGAUCGAACGCUUUGAGCCCGUUCAGCGCCUCUCUCUGUUCCCCCGGAUUGUGGAAGUGGAAAAUGAAGAAGAGAGUGAAAAUGACGAAGAGCAGGAAGAGGAAGAGGCAGUGUUAUGGGAGCCGGUGUACGAGGAGGACCUGUCCACAGACAAGGCCGGGCUGGACCUGCAAGACCCAAACCGCCCUCGAUUCACCCUGCAGGAGCUGCGUGAUGUGCUGCACGAGAGGAACGAGCUCAAAGCAAAAGUCUUCAUGUUGCAAGAAGAGCUGGCCUAUUAUAAAAGUGAGGAAAAUGGGGAAGAGACCAGCUCUUCCGCUCCCUGGCCUGCCCCCCCCCAGCCGCCCCGCCCCGCCACCCAGCCAGAGUCUGGAAUCAAGCGCCUGUUUAGCUUCUUCUCCAAGGACAAGAAACGCAACUCCCAGAAAAACGUGCGCUUCGAAGACACCUUCGGCGGCUGGGCCAACAAAGAUGACGUGUACACGGAGCAGGCGCAGGAGGCCCUGCAGCACCUUUAAACCCGCAACGCGUGACGGAAACUCGGACCCGGACAGCGAGCCCCGCCGCCUCUCUCGUGCAUUGCGGGUUUAGACAGGCGCGACCACACACACACACACAAAAGAAGAGCGCACGUUAACCGAGAGGAACUGCAUUUCAAAAAGCGAAGCCACCAAAAAGCCGUCCCGCUAGGGGGCGCAAAAGACUCCGCAUUGCACAACAGCAUUAACAGCUUAUUGGUAAGCUUCAUAGCCUUUUUUUUUUUUAAUUGCUGCAGCACAUGUGGACAUAGUAGUGUUUUUACCAUUUACCAGUAUAGUUAAAUCUAUGCCAAAACGUGUUUGCAUUAAAAAAAAAUGCACAAGUAGCUAACAUCCUCAUGGUGCGUGCCAACGGUCCGAUGGAUGGCGGGCAAGUUGAACUUGCUAUUAAGGAGUAACACUGGAACAUGAGCUGAAACUGCACAGUAGACGUGUUUUUUUGGGACGCCACUGGAUCUGAAUGACUGGCGACUUCCCACAGCGGUCUUCAAACGAUAGCAAAGAAAUGUCUUCUCAUUGGAGGCUCGGUGGAUACCUUCCACACGAAGAGCGCGAGCAGAUUCCACCCGGAGUUUCCUCUGGGAGGCAGGGCCUGGCCAGGGCAGGCAGGGGAGCCCUGGAAGAACUGCACGGUGGGAUUGAGAAAGAAGCGGGACGUCGAGACGGGAGCAGACGAGGCCGGAGUGAGAGCCGCGGGCUCGUGGGAGGAGACGGGGACAGGAGAGGAAGGGACAGAGGGAGAGAGAGAGAGAGAGACGCGCGAAGUGGGAGUUCGGGAUGACAGAACGCGAGGAAGAGGAGGCAGGUGGAGCAGAGAAAAGGAGGAACUGCGUGCAGAUGUGAUCAGCUUCAGAAAAAAAUAGGAGCAGUGUUUAAAAAUGGACACUGAAACAACGUAGUCGGUAUCUCCAAAAGAUCAGACUCUAUCACGUGCCGCUAAGAAACAGCAAGUUGUUAUUGGUGGCCCUGCUGUGGUUGGAUUCAGCUUUUUACGUUUUUGAUGUGUCGGGUAUGGGGUACUUGCCUAAACUGCAAUAGGCAGCUUAGUGAAUGAUGCAUUAGGUAUAUUUAAAUACCUAAAUACAGCCUGACAAUUAAACUUCCCAGACGAUUCCUAAAAGGUUUAUCAAUGAGGGCCAGGAAGAUGUCCCUCAACACCAGGGCCAACAGCCUUUCUUCCAGGACAGAAGCCUUCCUGUGGGCUAGCGUAUGCUACACUGGCUGCUUAGCACAUGGUGGAGGACACUCACUGUCCCACGUCAGUAUCCCUGAGAAUUAUUUAGCAGACGUUUAAAGCUGUGAAUAAAGCUCUUGGAAUCUGUUUGACUGUAAACCAAUCGAGUGGUUGACUUGCCUGCAUUAAAAAAUAUUCAGUGUUCUUGUCUUCACCAACAAUAUUGAAAAUCCUCAAGGGGGGUUAAGGGGGACCCACCCCAGAGUAUCCCUGAAAAGCUUUCCGACUACAAACAGGCAAAAAAAUUCUGAAGUAGUUUUCAACAAAUACAUGUGCUAAGAAAACAUAUUCCGGAUAUUGUGCCUUUAUAAAACCCUACAAAAGAAUGAAAAAAGGAGGAAAGAUUGCACAGCACAAAAACUUGAUUUUUCACAACUAUGUUGUCAAACGAAAGUUACAACUUUUUGAAUACCAUAAUGAGUCGAAACACUGCUGCUAAAUACCAGGACUUGUUGUCUACUUUGUCUUGACCAUUAAGAGUUUGGGGUUUUUUGUAAGCAGAUUUCUUACAGGGAAAAUUAGACUCAACAUGUUGGGGGUGGGGGGAAGCUACAUCAUUGUUUGGCUCUUGCGUAAGAUUUUUGACAUGAGGAUGAUUUAAGCUGAAAAUCCUCCUUACACAUCAGUGGAAUUAUUCAAAUAUCAUAUUUUAUCUUUUUUUAAUUUAAUUGACAAAACUGUGUAAUGGACUGCAUUCAAAGACGUCCAGCUUUCACGGACAGCAGGUCCAAGCUCGUUUUUCAAGGACAGACCAGGUGCCCAACACAGCACAAACGCCAGAAGUCUUGAUUGUGUGCAGAAAGGCCCAGUCUUUCCAAAUGAAAUUGCCAACAUAAAUCAGAUCUGGGGCAAUGCAAGCAGUAAAAUGGAUCUUUAAGUCAACAGGGACCUCCAGAAAGGGACUGAAUUAUUUUUUUUAAGAAUAACAUAAAAUAUCCAUUAAAAAGAAGGGAAUUCAUUCUAUAUUUUUGAUUUGUGUGCUCUGGCUUCAUAUUUAAAUGUUUUGUGAUGCUGUAACCCACUUGUAUAUGAUAUCCUGUUAAGCUUAUGCUGAAGCAAAUGGUUGACAUUGAAUUGUUAAGUUUCUUUUUUGCCAUUGUGGAUGCUUCAAUUUUUCAUCUACAGAAGGCCUUUCCUAUUUUGAUAAGUGCAGUAUUUUAGUGGUGGAAUGUGCCAUGGAAGUGUUUUUGUUGUUUUUUUAAAGCAAUACAGUGUUGACUCCAGACAUACCUGCUUAAUAAAGGACUUACACUCUU